GUAACACCCAUCGAUCACCUCUGCUGCCACAACAAACAAACAACAACAACGAGGUAGACAAAGCAACCCAUGUCAAUGGCCCAACAAGAGACUCUAGUAGAGGAAAGCAACAACAACAACCAAGAGAAGUAGAUCGACUUGAUCAGGAGAGAGGUACUAGCUAGUAGCACAGUUCAAUAGAACGUCAACAAUUUGCCUGAACGUUAGAAUCAAAAAAUCAAAGCGACAAGCAACACAGUCUUGACGCCAAUCAUGACUCAACCAUCAGGAGACGACAACGACGACGAAGCAGCGGCGGCUUUAGAGGCUCCCAAACAAGAGCAAAAGGCGGCUGCUGCCAAGAAGGAAACAGCAGAAGACAAGGAGGAAGGAGACGAUAAUGGCGAGUCUUCCAGCACCAGCAGUAGCCAAGGACAGGGCAGUGGUGAAGGCUACACGGCUGAUUGCUCGUCAGAUGCUUCAUCAGACCUCUCAGGCUCUGCCAAGAAGAAGGAGAAGAAAGAGAAGAAGGAUAACAUCAUCCUCUCUGUCAACAAUCUUUCGCUAGAGGAUGGUAGCAAUGGCGCCGAUGCCAACGGUGCUGCUGCAAAAGGAACGGAAGGUGAGAAGACUAAGAAGAACAGCAAGACUGACGCUGGAAAGGGAAAGAAUGGGAGCUCAAAGCCUCCUCCUGGAUCACAAGCAGGACAGGAAGGAAACAAGAAGGACAAGCCAAACAAAAAGGACAAGAAGAAAAGGCGAAGGAGUUCAACUGCUAAAGCAGAAACUGCAACCGACAACCCUGCCAAUGAUGGGGCUGACAGUGAUAGCGACAUGUCUGAUACCCUCGAGGAUGGCAUGAUGCCACUUGCACAAUGGAAUGGAGUGCAAGUUGUCCAUCCAAUGGACCCUCGGAUAGAUAUUAGCAAGGUUGGAUACUUGCACGGAUCUCCAGUCCCACGAAGCGGCCAUGACGGUCAGCCAAAGCAGGAGGAAGCGCCGUCCCUAGAGCACUACGUACAGCUUAUGGAGGUUGUUCGUCCCUUUUUCAACUCUUACGGCCUUGUUGAUGAACAGAGUCCCCAGGUGCCAUCAGAGGCAGGUCUUCCUCGGGGGAACCCACUGGCUGCAAUGCCAUCAAACAUAACACAGCCAGCCAGCAGCAGCAUGCCAGAUUACCGAGCAGGAGCGUCAGGAGAAGACUCCAGAACAUCCACUUCACUCUCGUGCACACGAAGUUCCUCGUCGCAGUCAUCUCACAGCGGGAGACGGCAGAGGAACGCACCAUUGCACCUCUUGAGCCAUCAAGAUGUUGCCACCAAUGCCCCAAAGCCACCCCAAGUACCGCUGCAACUGGCGGCACGCCAACGACCUCUGGCCGCAGCGGCUGCGGCUGAGUUCUACGCACCCGAUGAUGAUCCAGCAGAAGAUGAUGAGGAGGAUGACAGUGAUACAUCGUCAAUGGUUGUCUUGGCACGCACCAAGAGAAAGCAUAAACAGCCAUCAUUCGAGCCCCAGUCCAGUCAAGAAGAUAGCAUCGGCAGCAUUCGGGAUCAUCCCAGCGACACGGCCCGACGUGACGCAGAUCGAGCUGCUGCAGAGGCUGGCGGAGCCAAUGACCAAGUGGAUAUGGAUGACGACGAAGAUGACCGCAAACCGGCGGCGAGACCGCAGGCACCACGACAGCAAGAAGAAGCUCCAAAUCAGAACCAAGACGAGGAGCUUCCUCCUCCAGACGACGAUGAAGCGGCUCAAGCAGGCAAUGCAUCUUCUUCAUCUUCGUCGGAUCAAAGAAUACAGCCAGGCCCUCCAGCAAAUCAGCCAAGACACAACUAUGCUGAUGUUGCGCAUGUUGUAAGUGAAUCAGCAAGCAACACCAACACCACAACGUCUGGUUCUGGAAGUGGGAGUGGAAGUGGUGCCAACAGUGGCAGCAACCAAGGCAGUUCUGGAAGUGGCAAUGGUAGUUCUGGUAGUGGAAACGGUAGCUCAGGAAGUGGAAACGAAGGGAAGGGCAGCAGUGAAGAUGCAGGUAACAAAGAGGAGGUUGGGGGUGCCAGCAAUUCCAACUCGGAAGAUGUGAACUCUGAUGACAAACAGCUGAUUCAUAAGAAGGAAAUUGCUCACCCCGUUGCGGCGCAAAGACAUGGUGCGAGUGCCGUGGCUGACGGAGGAGCGAACGAUCCUAUGAAACUGGACGCUCCCAGCCCUCAAGCUCCAAGUGACCAAAACAUUGCAGCCCGGGAACGGAAGUUGCAGGAUAAGAAGCGGAAGAGAAUGAAUAUGCGACGAGAGUAUGAAGAGAAGGUUCAACAAGAGAUGGAGUCUUCCGAGAGCAGCGCUGCCAAGAAUGUGGUCUUCUUGAGACCGGGCAGACCUGUUACGCUCGACAAAGUCUUGUCAUUCACGAAGAUUGCAAGAAUGGUCAUCCAAGCUGGUCCACCGUUCCUUGUGGUACACACGAACGCGGCCUACACUCGACUGACGGGCAUCGAUGCACACGCUGCCGUGGGCAAACCCGUGUCGACUUUGCUUGCCGUGCAAGAGCCUUCUUCAAUGAAUCGAGCAGGCGAUGCUGCCAUCGAAAACGUUGCUCGAGCUCCCAGCAAUGCAAAUCUAAACCAAGCAGCCGUCCCUGGAGGGGUUCGCCAGAAUCAACUGGGUGCCUUCCAGGUCGAAACCAUGAACAGUUUUCAGCGUCAAGGCCAGUCACAUGCGGAGGCAGAAGAAGCAGGAAGAGCCAGAGCGGCCCAGGCUAGUCAGAAUGAUUCAGGGAACAUCAAUUUGGAGAGACUGGUAGCUGCUUGCGGCUUCGGCAAGUACCUCGUCUUGCAUGCGCGAUCUCGUCCCCACCAUAUGGUUGGCCGAAAUGUUACCUUCGUAACGAAAACAGGGCCAGCCGGGAGCUCUCUGCCUCCCGCAGCUGCUGCUUCGGCUCCAGCUGUCCACAGUAUGCGCAAACUUGAUGAUGGUAGCAGCGACACAAGCCUCACAAGUAACUUUGAGGGCCCAUUCGAUUUCCUGAAAUGUCGAUCUUCUAUAUCACCAAUACUUUCUGAUACAAUUGACUCCGCUGUGGUUACUGACACAAAUCAGGAGCCGCACAGUCACAAAAACAAGCGUCGAAAGCAUCAUCAUCACCACCACCAUGGCAGCACGGAACAGCAAGGAUCUGCGAAUGCAUCAAUGUCCGGUGGUCAUCCCCACAACCAUCUUCGACGGGGGCUAUCAAGCAAGGACUCGGUGAUGAUUCCGAAGCGAUACCAGCAAUGCAUUACCCACUACGCCAUUCAGUUGGAGCUUUUUGACGACAGCAAAGAGCUGAACGACGAGUCGAAGUCUUCCAGUUCUACUUCCGUUGAGGCCAAUCUGCUUGGGUUGACAAAAGCAGAGCUUCGGCGACAGCGCCAAGCGGCUCAAACCGGACAGCAUGGGACCUCGCAAGAAGAGUCAGAGCAACGACAGCAACAGGAGGACGACGACGAGAUGGCCUCUGAGACAACAGAGGGGACCGCGCCGGUUACGGCGGUUGGGUGAGAAUGGGGGAUACUCAUCUUUCGGUUUUACAAUGGACACAUGUUUCCAUACGCACCGUACACUACUAGAUAGACUGUAUGCUAGAUUAAGUAAUGGUGAUUCCUCAUUAUGCUAUC